AUGAAUACGUUGAAGAAGCAAAACAAACCAAAACCUUUUCAAAGAAAAAAAGUUUGUCGGCAUAGUUUCAAGGAGAUCGACAUCUAUAAUAAUAAACUGAAAGUAUCAAAUUCCAUCCUCACUUUCGUUUUUAAGUGUGAAAUUCAAGAAGGUUUUGUCACUGCCUCGAAAUCAAUUCAAAACUUUGGCGUGCUUUUAUGUAAUUGGGGAUCAAUUUCAUAG